GCAGCCCAGCCCGGCCCGCCCGGCCCCUCACUCCCGGCUCUCCCCGCUGGACGGCCGGCCCGAGCCCGCAGCCCCCCGCAGCCAUGGCCGAGGGCGGGGAAGGGGAGGAUGAUGUGCAGUUCCUGCGCACCGAGGACGAAGUCGUCCUGCAGUGCUCCGCCACCAUCCUCAAGGAGCAACUCAAGCUGUGCCUGGCGGCCGAGGGCUUCGGCAACCGCCUCUGCUUCCUGGAGUCGACCUCCAACGCCCAGAAUGUCCCCCCGGACCUGGCUAUCUGCUGCUUCAUCCUGGAGCAGUCGCUCUCCGUCCGCGCCCUACAGGAGAUGCUGGCGAACACCAUGGAGGUGGGCAGCGAGUCUUCACAGGGCGGUGGGCACAGGACCCUGCUCUACGGCCACGCCAUCCUGCUCCGCCAUUCUCACAGCGCCAUGUAUCUGAGCUGCCUGACCACGUCCCGCUCCUUGACGGACAAACUGGCCUUCGAUGUGGGGCUGCAGGAGGACGCCUCAGGGGAAGCCUGCUGGUGGAUCAUCCACCCCGCCUCCAAGCAGCGGUCGGAGGGCGAAAAGGUUCGAGUCGGGGACGACCUCAUCUUGGUCAGCGUCUCCUCUGAGCGCUACCUGCACCUCUCCACGGCCAGCGGGGACCUGCAGGCCGACGCCUCCUUCAUGCAGACGCUCUGGAACAUGAACCCCAUCUGCUCGGGCUGCGAGGAAGGGUACGUGACGGGGGGUCAUGUCAUGCGUCUCUUCCACGGGCACAUGGACGAAUGCCUCACCAUCUCCUCCAGCGAGCAGGGCGAGGAGGAGCGCAGGGUGGUGAACUACGAGGGUGGCGCCGUUUGCACCCACGCCCGCUCCCUCUGGAGGCUGGAACCCUUGCGCAUCAGCUGGAGCGGGAGCUACAUGCGAUGGGGGCAGCAGUUCCGGGUGCGGCACGUCACCACCGGGCGCUACCUGGGCCUGACCGAGGAGAAGGGGCUGGUCGUGAUGGACGCCGAGAAAGCCAACACCAAGGCCACGGCCUUCUGCUUCCGCGCCUCCAAGGAGAAGCUGGACGUGGCGCCCAAGCGGGACGUGGAGGGCAUGGGGGCCGCAGAGAUCAAGUACGGCGAGACCAUGUGCUUCGUGCAGCACGCGGCCAGUGGCCUGUGGCUGACGUACGCCGCGCCCGACGCCAAGGCCCUGCGCCUGGGACUGCUCAAGAGGAAGGCCAUCCUGCACCAGGAGGGGCACAUGGACGACGCCCUGUCCCUGACCCGCUGCCAGCACGAGGAAUCGCAGGCCGCCCGCAUCAUCUACAGCACCAGCGGCCUCUACAGCCACUUCGUCCGGGGCCUGGACAGCCUGAGCGGGAAGGGCAAGGCGGGCGCCGGGGCCGCGCUGCCCAUCGACGGGAUGAUUCUGAGCCUGCGGGACCUGAUCAUCUACUUCCAGCAUCCGGAGGAGGAGCUGCGGCACGAGGAGAAGCAGGGCCGGCUGCGCUCGCUCAAGAGCCGCCAGAACCUCUUCCAGGAGGAGGGCAUGAUCACGCUGGUGCUGGACUGCAUCGACCGUCUCAACCUGUACAGCACGGCCGCUCACUUCGCCGAGUUCGCGGGCGAGGAGGCGGCCGAGUCCUGGAAGGAGAUCGUCAACCUCCUGUACGAGCUGCUGGCCUCGCUGAUCCGGGGCAACCGCUCCAACUGCGCCCUCUUCUCCAACAACCUGGACUGGCUGGUCAGCAAGCUCGACCGGCUGGAGGCCUCCUCCGGGAUCCUGGAGGUGCUGUACUGCGUCCUCAUCGAGAGCCCCGAGGUGCUGAACAUCAUCGAGGAGAACCACAUCAAAUCCAUCAUCUCCCUGCUGGACAAGCACGGCCGCAACCACAAGGUCCUCGACGUGCUCUGCUCUCUGUGCGUCUGCAACGGGGUGGCCGUGCGCUCCAACCAGAACCUCAUCACCGAGAAUCUGCUCCCGCGCCGCGACCUGCUCCUGCAGACCAGCCUCAUUAACUACGUCACCAGCAUGCGCCCCAACAUCUUCCUGGGCACGCACGAGGGCUCGACGCAGUACAAGAAGUGGUACUACGAGCUGAUUGUGGAUUACGUGGAGCCCUUCGUCACGGCGCAGGCCACCCACCUGCGCGUGGGCUGGGCCAUGACCGAGGGCUACAGCCCCUACCCCGGGGGCGGGGAGGGCUGGGGCGGCAACGGCGUGGGGGACGACCUGUACUCCUUUGGCUUCGACGGCCUGCACCUCUGGUCAGGUCGCGUGGCCCGCGCCGUGGCCUCGCCCGGCCAGCACACGCUGGCGGCCGACGACGUGGUGAGCUGCUGUCUGGACCUGAGCGUGCCCAGCAUGUCCUUCCGCAUCAACGGCUUCCCCGUGCAGGGCAUGUUCGAGAACUUCAACGUGGACGGGCUCUUCUUCCCCGUGGUCAGCUUCUCCGCGGGCAUCAAGGUCCGCUUCCUCCUGGGGGGCCGCCACGGCGACUUCAAGUUCCUGCCCCCCCCGGGCUACACGCCCAGCUUCGAGGCCCUGCUGCCCCGCGAGCGGAUGCGGGUGGAGCCCAUCAAGGAGUACAGGCAGGACGCGGGCAACGUCCGCAGUCUGCUGGGGCCCACCCAGGCCCUGUCCCACACGGCCUUCACCCCCUGCCCCGUCGACACCCAGCAGAUCGUCCUCCCCCCACACCUGGAGAGGAUCCGUGAGAAGCUGGCGGAGAAUAUCCACGAGCUAUGGGCGCUGACCCGGAUCGAGCAGGGCUGGACCUACGGGCCUAUCCGGGACGACAACAAGCGGCUUCACCCCUGCCUGCUGGAUUUCUACAGCCUGCCCGAGCCGGAGAGGAACUACAACCUGCAGAUGUCGGGGGAGACCUUGAAGACGCUGCUGGCGCUGGGCUGUCACGUGGGCAUGGCCGACGAGAAGGCCGAGGAGAACCUCAAGAAGACCAAGCUGCCCAAAACGUACAUGAUGUCCAAUGGCUACAAGCCGGCCCCGCUGGACCUGGCCCACGUCAAGCUGACCCCGGCCCAGAACACGCUGGUGGACAAGCUGGCCGAGAACGGCCACAACGUGUGGGCCCGGGACCGCGUCAGCCAGGGCUGGACCUACAGCAUCGUGCAGGACAUCAAGAACAAGCGGAACCCGCGCCUGGUGCCCUACAACCUGCUGGACGAACGGACCAAGAAGACGAAUCGCAACAGCCUGUGCGAGGCCGUGCGAACGCUGAUCGGCUACGGCUACAACAUCGAACCCCCCGACCAGGAGACCUCGGCCCAGGGGGUGCCCACGGUGCGCUCGGAGCGGGUACGGGUUUUCCGGGCAGAGCAGUGCUAUGCCGUGCGGGCCGGGAGGUGGUACUUCGAGUUUGAGGCGGUGACCACGGGCGAGAUGCGCGUGGGCUGGGCCCGGCCGGACGUGCGCCCCGACGUGGAGCUGGGGGCCGACGAGCUCGCCUACGUUUUCAACGGCCACCGGGGCCAGCGCUGGCACGUCGGCAGUGAGCCCUUCGGCCGCUCCUGGCAGCCGGGCGACGUGGUCGGCUGCAUGAUCGACCUGACCGAGAACCACAUCAUGUUCACGCUCAACGGGGAGAUGCUGAUCAGUGACUCGGGCUCCGAGCUGGCCUUCAAGGACAUCGAAAUCGGAGAAGGCUUCCUCCCGGUGUGUAGCCUGGGCCUGGGCCAGGUGGGACGGCUGAACCUAGGCCAGGAGGUCAGUAGCCUGCGGUACUUCCCCAUCUGCGGGCUGCAGGAGGGCUUCGAGCCCUUCGCCAUCAACAUGAAACGCGACAUCAGCAUGUGGUUCAGCAAGAGCCUGCCGCAGUUCUCCCCCAUCCCCCCCGAGCACCCCCACUACGAGGUGUCGCGCAUCGACGGCACGGUGGACAACCCGCCUUGCUUGAAGCUGACGCACCGGACCUUCGGCUCGCAGAACGCGGUGAGCGAGUUGCUCUUCCUCCGGCUCAGCAUGCCCGUGGAGUUCCACGAGAAGUUCAAGUGCACGGCGGGGGCCACGCCCCUCACCCGCGCCCUCACCAUCCCCGAGGAGGACGUCAAGGACGUGGACCUCGACUCCGAGUUCGAGGUGCUCCGGAAGUCGGCCGGGCGUAAGGAGGCCGAGGAGGCCGAGAAGGAGAAGCAGGGGGGGCCCCUGGCCUCCCCCAAGGAGCCCCCCAGGGCGGAGAACGAGAAGGACGCGGCAUCGGAGAAGAGCAAAAUCAAGAGGGGCUUCCUGUUCAAGGCGAAGAAGGCCGCGUUCAUCACCCCGCCCCCGGCGGUGCCCUCUGUACAGCGCCUGGAGGAAGACGUGGUGCCCGACGACCGUGACGACCCCGAGAUCAUCAUGAACACCACCACGUACUACCACUCGGUGCGGAUCUUCGCGGGCCAGGAGCCCACCUGCGUCUGGGUGGGCUGGGUCACCCCCGACUACCAUCAGCACGACAUGACCUUCGACCUGAGCAAGGUGCGCACCGUCACCGUCACCAUGGGCGACGACCAGGGCCACAUCCACGACAGCAUCAAGCGCAGCAAUUGCUACCUGGUGUGGGGUGGGGAGUUCGUGAGCAGCGGGCAGCAGACCCGGGUCAGCACCGUCGACCUGGUGCUCGGCUGCCUGGUCGACCUGGCCACGGGGCUCAUGACCUUCACGGCCAACGGCAAGGAGAUCAACACCUUCUACCAGGUGGAGCCGAACACCAAACUCUUCCCGGCCGUCUUCGUCCUUCCCACGAGCCAGAAUGUCAUCCAGUUUGAGCUGGGCAAGAUGAAGAACAUCAUGCCCCUCUCAGCCGCCAUGUUCCACAGCGAGCGGAAGAACCCCGAGCCACAGUGCCCGCCGCGCCUCGUCAUCCAGAUGCUGACACCGGUGACAUGGAGCCGCGUGCCGAACGAGUUCCUGGCCGUGGAGACAGCCCGCAUCAGCGACCGGCACGGCUGGAUGGUGGAGUGCGGUGACCCCCUGGUCAUGAUGGCCUUGCACAUCCCCGAGGAGAGCCGGUGCAUCGACAUCCUGGAGCUGUCGGAGCAGCUGGCCCUGCUGACGUUCCAGCACCACUCGCUGCAGCUGUACUGUGCCGUGUGCGCCCUGGGCAACAACCGAGUGGCGCACGCCCUGUGCAGCCACGUGGACGAGUCCCAGCUGCUGUAUGCCAUCGAGAGCCCCCACCUGCCCGGCCCGCUGCGCAGCGGCUACUACGACCUCCUCAUGAGCAUGCACCUGGAGUCGGCCAAGCGGGCCCGGCUCACCAUGAACAGCGAGUUCAUCGUGCCCAUGACGGACGCCACCAAGAGCAUCCGGCUCUUCCCCGAGAGCAGCCGGAAGCCCGGCCUGCCCGGCGUGGGCAUCAGCACCUGCCUGCGCCCGCCCCUGCACUUCGCCCCGCCCUGCUUCGUCAGCACCAGCCCCGAGCGCUACCAGCUGAGCCCCGAGCUGCCGCUGGAGGCGCUGAAGCUGAAGGCGCUGGCCAUGCUGACGGAGGCGGUGCAGGACGGCGGGCAGCACAGCCGGGACCCGGUGGGCGGCAGCGUCCAGUUCCACUUCGUGCCCGUCCUCAAGCUGGUCUCCACCCUGCUGGUCAUGGGCGUCUUCGGGGACGAGGACGUGCGGCACAUCCUGCGCAUGAUCGAGCCGGCCGUCUUCGGGGAGCCCGCCGAGGAGGAGCGGGGCGAGGCGGAGAAGCCGGAGGAGGAGGAGGGGGAGAAGGCCGGGGUGAAGGCUGGCGAGGAGGAGGCCGAGGAGCUGGAGGAGGGGCUGCUGCAGAUGAAGCUGCCCGAGUCGGUCAAGCUGCAGAUCAACAUGCUGCUGCACUUCAAGCAAGGGGCGGACGAGGAGGAGUGCCCGGUGCCCGAGGACAUCCGUGACGAGCUGCUGGAUUUCCACACCGACCUGCUGAGCCACUGCGGCAUCGAGGCCGAAGGGGGGGAGGAGGAGGAGGAGGAAGACACGUCCCUGCGACACCGGCUCAGGACCCUGGUGCAGAAGGUGCUGAGCUUCCGGAAGAAGAAGAAGGAGCAGGAGGAGGAGCUGCCCCCCGAGGAGGAGCCGGCGCCCACCCGGUGCCACCCGCUCUGCAGGGUCCAUAUCCCCCCCGUCCCCUUCUCCCUCUGCAGAAACAUCAUGAACAACAAAGUCUUCUACCAGCACCCCAACCUGAUGCGAGCUCUGGGCAUGCACGAGACGGUCAUGGAGGUGAUGGUCAACGUGCUGGGAGGGGGCGAGUCCAAGGAGAUUCGCUUCCCGAAGAUGGUCACCAACUGCUGCCGCUUCCUCUGCUACUUCUGCCGCAUCAGCCGCCAGAACCAGCGCUCCAUGUUCGACCACCUCAGCUACCUGCUGGAGAACAGCGGCAUCGGGCUGGGCAUGCGGGGAUCCACGCCCCUGGACGUGGCUGCUGCCUCCGUCAUCGACAACAACGAGCUGGCGCUGGCGCUGCAGGAGCAGGACCUGGAGAAGGUGGUGAUGUACCUGGCGAGUUGCGGCCUGCAGAGCUGCCCCAUGCUGCUGGCCAAGGGCUACCCCGACAUCGGCUGGAACCCCUGCGGGGGGGAGCGCUACCUGGACUUCCUGCGCUUCGCCGUCUUCGUCAACGGCGAGAGCGUGGAGGAGAACGCCAAUGUGGUGGUGCGGCUGCUGAUCCGCCGGCCCGAGUGCUUCGGGCCUGCCCUGCGCGGCGAGGGCGGCAGCGGGCUGCUGGCCGCCAUCGAAGAAGCCAUCAAGAUCUCGGAGGAUCCGGCCCGGGACGGGCCCACCGUGAAGAAGGACCGUCGGCGGGAGCUGUUCGGGGGGGAGGAGACGCAUGAGGAGAACCGAGUGCACCUGGGCAACGCCAUCAUGUCCUUCUACGCAGCGCUGAUCGACCUGCUGGGGCGCUGCGCCCCCGAGAUGCAUCUGAUUCAGGCCGGGAAGGGCGAGGCGCUGCGGAUCCGGGCCAUCCUGCGCUCCCUGGUGCCCCUGGACGACCUUGUCGGCAUCAUCAGCCUUCCGCUUCAGAUCCCUGCCUUUGGCAAGGACGGGAACGUGGUGGAGCCCCGGAUGUCGGCCAGCUUCGUGCCGGAUCACAAGGCGCCCAUGGUGCUGUUCCUGGACCGCGUCUACGGCAUCGAGAGCCAGGACUUCCUGCUGCACGUGCUGGAGGUCGGCUUCCUGCCCGACAUGCGGGCCGCCGCCUCGCUCGACACCGCCGCCUUCAGCACGACGGAGAUGGCGCUGGCCCUGAACCGGUACCUGUGCUGCGCCGUGCUGCCCCUCGUCACCAAGUGCGCGCCCCUCUUCGCGGGCACCGAGCACCGCGCCAUCAUGGUGGACUCCAUGCUGCACACCAUCUACCGGUUGUCCCGCGGGCGCUCCCUCACCAAGGCCCAGCGCGAUGUCAUCGAGGAGUGUCUCAUGGCCCUGUGCCGGUACAUCCGGCCCUCCAUGCUACAGCACCUGCUGCGCCGGCUGGUCUUCGACGUGCCCAUCCUCAAUGAGUUUGCCAAGAUGCCCCUGAAGCUCCUGAACAACCACUACGAGCGGUGUUGGAAGUAUUACUGUCUGCCCACCGGCUGGGCCAGCUACGGGGUGAGCUCUGAGGAGGAGCUGCACCUCACCCGCAAGCUCUUCUGGGGCAUCUUCGACUCCCUGGCCCACAAGAAGUUCAAGGCGGAGCUGUACAAGCUGGCCAUGCCCUGCCUGUGCGCCAUCGCCGGCGCCCUGCCCCCCGACUACGUGGACGCCAGCUACUCCUCCAAGAUGGAGAAGAAGGCCUCCGUGGACGCCGAGGGCAACUUCGACCCCAAGCCCGUCGAGACCCUCAACGUCAUCAUCCCCGAGAAGCUGGACACGUUUAUCAACAAAUACGCCGAGCACACGCACGAGAAGUGGGCCUUUGACAAGAUCCAGAACAACUGGACCUUCGGGGAGACGAUCGAUGAGGAGGCCAAGACCCACCCCAUGCUGCGUCCUUACAAGACCUUCUCUGAAAAGGACAAGGAGAUCUACCGCUGGCCCAUCAAGGAGUCGCUCAAAGCCAUGAUCGCCUGGGAGUGGACGGUGGAGAAGCCCCACGAGGGCGAGGAGGAGAAGACAGAGAAGAAGAAGACGCGGAAGAUCUCGCAGUCGGCCCAGGCGACCUAUGACCCCAGCCACGGCUACAACCCCCAGCCCAUCGACCUGUUGGGGGUGACGCUCUCCCGGGAGCUGCAGGCCAUGGCGGAGCAGCUGGCUGAGAACUAUCACAACACCUGGGGGCGUAAGAAGAAGCAGGAGCUGGAGGCCAAAGGGGGCGGCUCCCACCCGCUGCUGGUGCCCUACGACACGCUGACGGCCAAGGAGAAGGCCCGGGACCGCGAGAAGGCCCAGGAGCUGCUCAAAUUCCUACAGAUGAACGGCUACGCCGUGACCAGGGGGCUGAAGGACAUGGAGCUCGACUCCUCUUCCAUCGAGAAGCGAUUUGCCUACGGCUUCCUGCAGCAACUGCUCAAGUGGAUGGACAUCUCGCAAGAGUUCAUCGCCCACCUGGAGGCCGUAGUGAGCAGCGGGCGGGUGGAGAAAUCGCCCCACGAGCAGGAGAUCAAGUUCUUUGCCAAGAUCCUGCUGCCUCUCAUCAACCAGUACUUCCACAACCACUGCCUCUACUUCCUGUCCACACCCGCCAAGGUGCUGGGCAGCGGGGGCCAUGCCUCCAACAAGGAGAAGGAGAUGAUCACCAGCCUUUUCUGCAAGCUUGCAGCCCUGGUCAGGCACCGGGUCUCUCUGUUCGGCACGGACGCUGCCGCCGUGGUGAAUUGCCUGCACAUCCUGGCUCGCUCCUUGGAUGCCAGCCGCAGGGCCGCCGUUUCCAUGGUGAAUCACCGCCAAGAGCUAGGCAAUGCCCCCCCCUCUGAUCUGCCCCCUCUUCCCCCAGUGGACGACGUCCAAGUCUCCUGCUACCGGACCCUGUGUAGCAUCUACUCCUUGGGCACCACCAGGAACCCCUACGUGGAGCGGCAGCGCCCUGCCCUGGGCGAGUGCCUGGCCCGGUUGGCAGCCGCGAUGCCCGUGGCCUUCCUGGAGCCGCAUCUGAACAUGCACAACCCAUUCUCCGUCUACACCACCAAGUCGCCGCGGGAGCGCGCCAUCCUCGGGCUGCCCAGCUGCGUGGAGGAGAUGUGUCCCGACAUCCCGGAGCUGGAGCGGCUCAUGAAGGAGAUCAGCGGGCUGGCGGAGUCGGGCGCCCGCUACACCGAGAUGCCGCACGUCAUCGAGGUCACGCUGCCCAUGCUCUGCAACUACCUGCCCCGCUGGUGGGAGCGGGGCCCCGAGACCGUCCCCCAGGGGCCCUGGUGCACCCAGGUGACCUCCGAGCACCUCAACACCCUGCUGGGCAACAUCCUCCGCAUCAUCGUCAACAACCUGGGCAUUGACGAGGCCUCCUGGAUGAAGAGGCUGGCAGUCUUCGCCCAGCCCAUCGUGAGCAAGGCGCGGCCCGAGCUGCUGCGCUCGCAUUUCAUCCCCACCAUGGAUAAGCUGAAGAAGCGCUCGGGGAAGGUGGUGGCCGAGGAGGAGCAGCUGCGGCUGGAGGCCAAGACCGAGUCGGAGGACGCGGAGCUGCUGAUCCGGGACGAGUUCUCGGUGCUCUGCCGGGACCUGUACGCCCUCUACCCGCUGCUCAUCCGCUACGUGGACAACAACAGGGCCAAGUGGCUGAUGGAGCCCAACUCGGACGCCGAGGAGCUGUUCCGCAUGGUGGGCGAGGUGUUCAUCUACUGGUCCAAGUCGCAUAAUUUCAAGCGGGAGGAGCAGAACUUCGUGGUGCAGAACGAAAUUAACAACAUGUCCUUCCUGACGGCCGACAGCAAAAGCAAAAUGUCCAAGUCUGGAGAAGGCCAGGCGGGCAGCUCAGAGCAGGAGCGGACCAAGAAGAAGCGGCGGGGGGAUCGCUACUCCGUGCAGACCUCGCUCAUCGUGGCCACGCUGAAGAAGAUGCUGCCCAUCGGCCUCAACAUGUGUUCGCCCACCGACCAGGAGCUCAUCACCCUGGCCAAGGGCCGCUACGCCCUGAAAGACACCGACGAGGAGGUGCGGGAUGUUCUCAACAACAAUCUGCACCUGCAGGGCAAGUGCGAGAACCCUGCCUCCAUGCGCUGGCAGAUGGCUCUGUACCGCGAGAUGUCGGGCAAGGCCGAGGACGCCAACCGGCCCGAGAAGAUCGUGCGACGGGUGCAGGAGGUGUCGGCUGUGCUCUUCCACCUGGAGCAGACCGAGCACCCCUACAAGUCGAAGAAGGCCGUGUGGCACAAGCUGCUGUCCAAGCAGCGCCGUCGCGCCGUGGUCGCCUGCUUCCGCAUGACGCCGCUCUACAACAUGCCCAGGCACCGGGCCUGUAACAUGUUCCUGGAGAGCUACAAGCUGGCCUGGAUCGUCACGGAGGAGCACGCCUUCGAGGACAGGAUGAUCGACGACCUGGCCAAACCGGGCGAGGAGGAGGAGGAGGAGGAAGAGCAGAUGGAGAAGAAUCCCGACCCCCUGCACCAGCUCAUCCUGCACUUCAGCCGCACGGCGCUGACGGAGAAGAGCAAACUGGACGAGGACUAUCUGUACAUGGCCUACGCCGACAUCAUGGCGAAGAGCUGUCACAUUGAAGAAGGUGAAGAGGAAGGUGGUGAGAAAGAUGAGGAGGAGACCGAAGGCUCAUUUGAGGAGAAGGAGAUGGAGAAGCAGAAGCUGCUCUACCAGCAGUCACGGCUGCACAACCGCGGGGCGGCCGAGAUGGUGCUACAGAUGAUCAGCGCCUGCAAAGGGGAGCCAGGCGCCAUGGUGUCCUCCACCCUCAAGCUGGGCAUUUCCAUCCUGAACGGAGGCAACGUGGAAGUGCAGCAGAAAAUGCUGGAUUACCUGAAGGAGAAGCGGGAGGUGGGUUUCUUCCAGAGCGUGCAGGCCCUGAUGCAGACCUGCAGCGUCCUGGACCUCAACGCCUUCGAGCGGCAGAACAAGGCCGAGGGGCUGGGCAUGGUGACAGAGGAAGGAACAAUCAUCCGUCGGGAAACUGGAGAGAAGGUGAUGGCGGACGACGAGUUCACGCAGGAUCUCUUCCGGUUCCUGCAGCUCCUGUGUGAGGGCCACAACAACGAUUUCCAGAACUAUCUGCGAACGCAGACGGGGAACACGACCACCGUUAACAUCAUCAUCUGCACCGUGGACUAUCUGCUGCGACUGCAGGAGUCCAUCAGCGAUUUCUACUGGUACUACUCGGGCAAGGACAUCAUCGACGAGCAGGGCAAGCGCAACUUCUCCAAGGCCAUGGCCGUGGCCAAGCAGGUCUUCAACAGCCUGACAGAGUACAUCCAGGGCCCGUGCACGGGGAACCAGCAGAGCCUGGCGCACAGCAGGCUCUGGGACGCCGUGGUCGGCUUCCUCCACGUCUUUGCCCACAUGAUGAUGAAACUGGCUCAGGACUCCAGCCAGAUCGGGCUGCUGAAGGAGUUGCUGGAUCUGCAGAAGGACAUGGUGGUGAUGCUGCUGUCCCUGCUGGAGGGGAACGUGGUGAAUGGCACCAUUGCGCGGCAGAUGGUGGACAUGCUGGUGGAGUCGUCCAGCAACGUGGAGAUGAUCCUCAAGUUCUUCGACAUGUUCCUGAAGCUGAAGGACAUUGUGGCGUCGGACGCCUUCCUGGACUACAUCACCGACCCGCGGGGGCUUAUCUCCAAGAAGGACUUCCAGAAGGCCAUGGACAGCCAGAAGCAAUACACGCCCUCCGAGAUCCAGUUCCUGCUCUCCUGCUCCGAGGCGGACGAGAACGAGAUGAUUAACUACGAGGAGUUCGCCAACCGCUUCCAAGAGCCGGCCAAGGACAUCGGCUUCAACGUGGCCGUGCUGCUCACCAACCUCUCGGAGCACGUGCCCCACGACAGCCGGCUCAAGACCUUCCUGGAGCUGGCGGACAGCAUCCUCAACUACUUCCGGCCCUACCUGGGCCGCAUUGAGAUCAUGGGGGCCAGCAAGCGCAUCGAACGCAUCUACUUCGAGAUCAGCGAGACCAACAAGGCCCAGUGGGAGAUGCCCCAGGUCAAGGAGUCCAAGCGGCAGUUCAUCUUCGACGUGGUCAACGAGGGCGGCGAGUCGGAGAAGAUGGAGCUCUUCGUCAACUUCUGCGAGGACACCAUCUUCGAGAUGCAGAUCGCGUCGCAGAUCUCGGAGGAGGAAGCGGGGAAGGAAGAGGAGGAGGAGGAAGAGGGCGAAGGCGGGGAGGGGACCGAGGCGGAGAAGGCGGCCGGGGCUCCUCCGGAGGCGACCUCAGCUUUCGGGGAGUUCCUGGCUGGGGUGCUGGACUUCUUCCACAUGUUCACCUACCGCAACGUGCGCCGCCAACUCCGCCGGCUGAAGAAGAUGACGGUCAAGGAGCUGGCGGUGGGCGUGAGCUCCUGCGUCUACGCCGUCUUCCUGGGCACGCUGCUCUUCUUCUCCGGCGUCCUCAAGGGCCUUUUGCUCCUCCUCUGGAACGUGCUCUUUGGCGGCGGGCUGGUGGAAAGCGCCAAGAAGCUCACGGUGACCGAGCUGCUGGCCAGCAUGCCCGACCCCACGCAGGACGAGGUCCACGGGGACCUGGGGCCGGCCGAGGACGGGCAGGAGGCGGCCGAGGGCGGGGAGGCGGCCCAGUUCGUGGAGGCUGGCAAGGAGGAGGCCCCUGACGAGGCGGGGGACGUCUUCAGUCUGGAGAUGAAGAAGGACGCCGGGCAUUACCGAGCGACCGCCCCCGAUGCCCCCGGGGGGCUGGGGGAUAUGGGGGACACCACGGCGGUGGAACCGCCCACCCCCGAGGGGACUCCCAUCCUUAAGAGGAAGCUGGGGCUGGAAGGGGAGGAGGAGGAGGCCCAGCCGGAGCCGGAGAAGAUCGAAGAGCCACCUGCAGAGGCCGAGAAGGCCGACACGGAGAACGGGGAGAAGGCGGGGCCGGAGGAGCCGGAGGCCCCCCAGGAGCCGGCGGCCGAGGCCCCGAGGAAGCACCGGAGGAAGUCGGCCACCCCGCGGGAGCGCAAGGAGGAGCCGGCCAGCGGCAGCUUGGAGUUCUGGGCCGAGCUGGAGAUCCAAAGGGUCAAGUUCCUGAACUACCUGUCCCGGAACUUCUACAACCUGCGCUUCCUGGCUCUCUUCCUGGCCUUCGCCAUCAACUUCAUCCUCCUCUUCUACAAGGUGUCGGACUCCCCACCGGGCGAGGAGGAGCUGGAGGACUCCGGCUUGCUGGAGGAGCUGGCGGGGGGCUCGGGCUUCGGGGCCAGCGGCGACGGGGCCGGGGAGGACGAGGAGGAGGACAGCGUGGUCUAUUUCUUCCUGGAGGAGAGCACGGGCUACAUGCAGCCCACGCUGCAGUUCCUGUCCAUCACCCACACGCUGGUCGCCUUCCUCUGCAUCAUUGGCUACAAUUGCCUCAAGGUCCCGCUGGUGAUUUUCAAGCGGGAGAAGGAGCUGGCCCGAAAGCUGGAGUUUGACGGGCUCUACAUCACCGACCAGCCCGAGGACGACGACAUCAAGGGCCAGUGGGACCGGCUGGUGCUGAACACCCCGUCCUUCCCGAGCAACUACUGGGAUAAAUUCGUCAAGAGAAAGGUGAGUCUCUCACUGACCCGGUCACGGGGCCUUUCCCCCAGGGGGCGCCAGUCCCAUAUGGCCCAGGGGGCGCUGGCUCCCAUACGGCCCAGGGCGGGGCACAGGGCCUUUCCCCAGGGGGCGCCGGUCCCAUACGGCCCAGGCUCACCCUGCCGCUCCCACAGGAUCACGUCCAUCGACAUCAAGUAUCAGCUCUGGAAGUUCGGCGUCAUCUUCACCAACAACUCCUUCCUCUACCUGGUCUGGUACAUGGUCAUGUCCCUGCUCGGCCACUACAACAACUUCUUCUUCGCCGCCCACCUGCUGGACAUCGCCAUGGGCGUCAAGACGCUGCGCACCAUCCUCUCCUCCGUCACCCACAACGGCAAGCAGCUGGCGAUGACGGUGGGGCUGCUGGCCGUGGUCGUCUACCUCUACACCGUGGUGGCCUUUAACUUCUUCCGCAAGUUCUACAACAAGAGCGAGGACGAGGACGAGCCGGACAUGAAAUGUGACGACAUGAUGACAUGCUACCUGUUCCACAUGUACGUGGGGGUGCGGGCGGGCGGGGGCAUCGGGGACGAGAUCGAGGACCCGGCCGGCGACGAGUACGAGCUUUACCGCGUGGUGUUCGACAUCACCUUCUUCUUCUUCGUCAUCGUCAUCCUGCUGGCCAUCAUCCAGGGCCUGAUCAUCGACGCCUUCGGGGAGCUGCGCGACCAGCAGGAGCAGGUGAAGGAGGACAUGGAGACCAAGUGCUUCAUCUGCGGCAUCGGCAGCGACUAUUUCGACACGACGCCGCACGGCUUCGAGAGCCACACGCUGGAAGAGCACAACCUGGCCAACUACAUGUUCUUCCUGAUGUACCUGAUCAACAAGGACGAGACGGAGCACACGGGCCAGGAGUCCUACGUCUGGAAGAUGUACCAGGAGCGCUGCUGGGAUUUCUUCCCCGCCGGCGACUGCUUCCGCAAGCAAUACGAAGAUCAGUUGGGCUAGAGCCGGCUGCGACCCCCCCCCUCCAGCACGGACCCCCCAGUGCCCCCUUGGGGUGGGCGCCAGGGCUAGGAGGCGGCUGGUCCUUGGGGGGGCACCGCUGCUGCUAAUCUCCCCCUGUGACCCCUCCCCCCGGCAGGGCCAGACACUGACACUCACCAGCGGGUGGGGGGGCAGAGUGGGGGGCAGAGGCCAGGUGGGGGUAGGGCUGUCACUGACCCGCCCCCCCCCGGGCCCACCUUGAUCCCCCCCGGUCGCUGCCCGUGGGUGUUCCUGGGGGGGGCUGAUCCCAAGUGCCUUUUUAUAGCUCCCCCCAGUGCUGGGGGGGGACUCGCUGUUGCCCCAUGAGGGGCCCGUGCACGGAGGCUGCCGGACGCCCCCAAACCAGGGGGGGGGAGACGGGCCAGGGCCUGCAGGGGGCAGCGCCGUGCCCAACCCCCGGUUCCUGGUCAAUAAACGAGAGGUGAUUGAUGACUGCA